UUAAAUAUGGCCAGUGCGAGGUUCUAGAAGCAAAUAUAAAAGACAGCUCCAUGGGAGAUUGCUAAAAGGACCACAUCUCUCUCUCUCUCUCUCUCUCUCUCUCUCUCACUCCCUCUUCCCUUUCUUUGUCGUCUUUGCCCUCGAUCGCGGUCGAUUAGGCGGUGAAUUUGAUCGUAGAUUUUGUUUUUUGCUUCGGUUUGGAUCGGACGCCCGCUUGAGUAUGAAGAGAUCGAUUGAGGAUCUGGAUCUCUCUCCAGGCUAAUUGGUUCGUUUUUGUAGAAUUUAUCUCUUCUGUCUUGAUUGGGAGAUUGGGAAGAAAGAUGAGUUAUUUGAAUUCGAUUAACGGUGCUCAAGCCAACGGUGCACCAGUUAGCGGUGGAGGACUCAGUCAAAACUUGAAGUUCAGUUAUGGAUAUGCAAGCUCUCCAGGUAAAAGAUCUUCAAUGGAGGACUUCUAUGAGACAAGAAUUGAUUGUAUAGAUGACCAAAUUGUAGGCUUGUUUGGUGUAUUUGAUGGUCAUGGUGGUGCACAAGUGGCAGAGUAUGUAAAACAAAACCUUUUCAGCAAUUUACUUCAGCAUCCCAAGUUCAUUAGUGAUAUCAAGUCAGCUCUAGCUGAUGCAUACAAACAUACAGAUUCAGAGUUUUUAAAAUGUGAGAACAGUCAAAAUCGAGAGGCUGGUUCGACUGCUUCAACUGCAGUUCUUGUUGGUAAUCGUUUAGUUGUAGCAAAUGUUGGGGACUCAAGAGUUGUUAUAUGUAAGGGAGGAGAUGCUAUAGCUGUCUCAAGGGAUCACAAGCCUGACCAAACAGAUGAGAGGCAAAGGAUUGAGGAUGCUGGGGGCUUUGUGAUGUGGGCAGGAACAUGGCGCGUUGGUGGUGUCCUUGCCGUUUCUCGUGCAUUUGGUGAUAGGCAUUUGAAGCGAUUUGUUGUUGCAGAUCCGGAAAUUCAUGAGGAGGAGGUUGAUGGAUCUCUCGAGUUCGUAAUUCUUGCAAGUGAUGGAUUAUGGGAUGUUGUUUCAAAUGAGGAAGCUGUGGAGAUGGUAAAAUCCUUUGAGGAUCCAGAACAGGCAGCCAAGAAGCUGUUGCAGGAGGCAUAUCAAAGAGGCAGUGCAGACAAUAUAACCUGUGUCGUCGUGCGUUUCUUGGCUAGUACUGAUGAAACUACAAGAAAAUUGUAGGUGAAAUCCCCUCUCCUUGCUUCUCUUUUAUCCCCUAUAUGCCGUCUGUAAUUGUUUUAGGACUUUGAAUUUGGGUGAUGAGAAUUGGUUGCUCUUUUAUUUGGAGUGAUCAAUGAGGUUGUUCUUAUUAUUCUAACCUACUGAGCGUGUGUGACUGUAUGUGGUACGUGAUUAUGAAACUGAAUACAGAUAGAUACUCUGUUUUAGAUUCCAUCAAUUAUUUUUUUUAAGAUUUCAAGGCUCAUUGUAUAUGCUCUUACGGAAUCUAUCUACUCUAUAGUGGUCGUGCUUUUGAUGUGGAAUCUGACUGUAAUACAAUUAUUUUUUUCUCGAUUUUCAACAUUUUUCUGUAGUUUUUUUCGAUGGGAUUUGCAUAGUUAAAACAUAAAAUGCAUAACCUUUAAAACCAAAGAGUUGAUCUUUGGUGUUUCAAGUUACUGAAUUCAAUCUUUUGUGCUUCAAAUCAGACCCUUUCCCUAUAGUGUUAAAAAAAAAACAAAAAGUCUCCAUUGGUGCCCAUCUGAUUAAAGGAUGACAGAUUUUGUGACAAUGGGAUAUGAUAAAAAGUCAAUUAUAAGGAUCCUUUUGCUAAAAUAUAGUGUUUUAAAAAAAAAAAAGAUAAUGAGGGAUGUGAUUAAAAAUAAACGAUUGUUCAGGUAUCAUUUGGUGAAAACUAAUGAUAAGGGCGUUAUCGAAUAAACUCCAUCCUCGUCUCCUCGACAAAAGUAUUUGGUUCGUGACUUCCUUAAAUGCCAACCACAACCUCACCGACAGUCGUCGUACCGGUCUCAAGUGCCUAGUCUGGCUCCAUCCAUGAGCACCUUCCUCCUUCCCGCUCAAGCCCUAGCUUUCCACACAAAUCCCUCCUCCUCAUCCCUCGUCCGCCGGUCUUCGACUCUCGCAUCCACCAUCGGCGUGAUCAAGGCGAGUUCUGCCCCUCGCAGCAAGCCUGUCCGCCCGUCGCCGCUCGGGGCCAGCAGACUCCCUCUCAGGGGCAUUUUAUUAGCGAUCAUCGUUGGAUUCGCCUGUGCCCUUACUUUCAAUUCAGCUGUGACGGCAACAAUUUACCCUUGCGAAGAUGUCGACAGAUACUACACUGGCGUCGAUGGGCUUCAAGGCGCCGCCCUGAUGAAGAAGCUCAAUUCCAUUGUUUCUGUUCAUCAGUCGCUGCGUUACAAAGACAUCUGGUUCGCUCUCAAGAUUCUUGAUGCGGCAGAUUUCGAAAACCCGGAAGCCUCCUCAGAGAUGUAGAGCUGCAGUUUAGUUGAGAUCUAUUCUCUUAGAGCUGUUCCAAAAUCAUUGGCCGGAAAGUCAGAAGGAUGGAACAGGGAACAUUUAUGGCCACGUUCAUAUGGCUUAAGAAAUGGAGCAAUGUUGACAGAUUUACAUAACAUUCAUCCUGCAGAUGCAAAUGUAAAUUCAUCCAGGGGAAACAAGUACUAUGGGGAAUGUGUGGCUACAUCAACUCACUGUUCAAGGCCGGCAAACAAUGAAGCUGCUGCUGACACCGAAACUGACCAGGAAAGAUGGGCACCACCUAAAGAGGUGAAAGGAGACGUAGCACGAUCGGUAAUGUAUAUGGCCGUGUCUUACGGAUUUCAACAACCUAAUGGGAGUCCUCCAUUACGACUUUCUGAUUCACCAAAUAUUG